GAUCAGGUAACGACAUGGGGGAAGAGAAGUAGUAGAAGAAGACGUGACUCACAGGCUUAUCUUGCGCUGCAGAACGGUGGCAGAUCGGUGGCGAAGCAGCCUGAAACGCCGGAAGCAACCCAUCUGGCGGACACAGACGCCUAGAUUUCGUGUUUGCUGCGAAAUCGACCACCUCCGGCUACCGAUUCGUAGUGGCACUUAAGAGCUUCCAGGGACACCAAAAUCUCUUCAAGCGGUGCCCUGCGGAGAGUUAUUGCUUUGGCGAGCUGACCCGUGAAUUUCCAUAUCCUGACAUGUUAUUAUUUGAAUUUAGGCCCUCUCGAUAACUCAAACCCGUCACUGUUAGAUUUAUUGCUUGGACUAUCGAAAUAUGGCGUCAGAUUCCCCAAAGGGUGCUCCAUCUGGUGAUAAAGUCAGUGUUGCUGAUGGCAUAGGUCGCAAGUCUGAACCAUCCGUCGCAGAGGUGUCAUCAGAUGCUUCACCUCCUGGAGUUGGGUUGGCUGGCAACCCUUUUGAUUUCUCAGCCAUGUCAAACCUUCUUAAUGACCCUAGCAUCAAGGAAUUAGCCCAACAGAUAGGUAAGGAUCCUACAUUCAACAAGAUGACAGAGCAGCUGCAAAAGACUUUUCAAGGCUCUGCUGGAGAAGGCAUUCCGCAAUUUGAUCCUAGACAAUAUCAGUCCACCAUGCAGCAAGUUAUGCAGAAUCCUCAAUUCAUGGCUAUGGCUGAGAGACUUGGGAGUGCCCUAAUGCAAGACCCAUCUAUGUCAAGCAUGCUUGAGAAUUUGGCAAAUCCAUUAAGAAAAGAACAAAUGGAGGAAAGAAUGGCACUUAUGAAAGAAGAUCCAUCUAUCAAGCACAUAUUUGAAGAAAUAGAGACAGGUGGUCCAGCUGCCAUGAUGAGGUACUGGAAUGAUAGAGACGUUCUAAAGAAGCUUGGGGAGGCCAUGGGUUUUCCAGUUGCAGGAGAUACAGGCACUUCAGCUGAAAAUAUUCCUGAGGAAGAAGAAGAUGAGGGAAAUGAGGAUGAAUCGAUUGUUCACCACACUGCUAGUGUUGGUGACGUGGAGGGGUUGAAAAAAGUGCUGGAGUCUGGUGCUAACAAGGAUGAAGAGGAUACAGAGGGAAGAACAGCCUUGCAUUUUGCAUGUGGAUAUGGUGAGGUCAAGUGCGCUCAGGUACUCCUUGAAGCUGGAGCUGCCGUGGAUGCGCUGGACAAGAACAAGAACACUGCACUUCACUAUGCAGCUGGCUAUGGCAGGAAAGAAUGUGUCAUACUACUGUUGGAACACGGUGCCGCUGUCACUCUACAGAACUUGGACGGAAAGACACCUAUUGAUGUUGCUAAGCUAAACAACCAGAGUGAGGUCCUAAAGCUUCUUGAGAAGGAUGCCUUCCUGUAAUUGAUAGGCUUGGUGUCGUGAGUGAGCAUCUGUUCUAGAGGGUCGCUGUGUCCUGUACAAACAUUUGUAUUUUGGUCAGCUUGCGACUGCAACUCGAGUUUUAUCUACGUUGCUUUUCUUCUCCUCA